AACCCAUAGCAACCAAUGAAAACUUUGCCCUCCCCUCACCAUAUCUUCCGUGCUCCUGUGAGAAACCACUGUGCACUUCGCCACUGCCGCCGCCAGAGCCCGCUAGUGAGCCCGUCCGCUCUGCGCAUGCGUACUUGGCUGCGCCCCCAUCCUCUGUGUGUGACGGUCCUCUGGGCGGGAGAAUUUUUUUUUCUUUUUUGCUCCGGAAGCGGAAGUUCACCGGCCGGAAGCAGUGGCGUGUGUGGACAAAGAAAGAGGAGCUGCAGGGGCUGUGCCGCCGCCACCACGGGAUCGGAAUACCAGCCUCAAAGUCUCCGUGAGCAGCAGAGAAACUUCCUCUUGGGAUACACGUCAGCGCCUCACAUCCCCGCUGCUGCUUGGCACACAUACCGCACCCCACCGAAAGACUUCUACCCGCCCCGACAUACCCGGCAGCGCCCCUUAUUGCAAACCCCUCCUGCGCCGCCACGCUUCAGCAACCGGGGACCCCCUGCCCAUAUCUACGGUCUGGCCCAAGCUUUCGGAUCACUGUCGGUCUCUCGUGAUCCUGUAGAAAGCCGUCUAUUGGAUUACAUCCGGGGGCUAAGUGACGGCCAGACUUUCACGGCAAAAGAGUUAGCUUGGCGCUUUAAGGUCGCAAAGAAGUGCAUCAACCAUUUUCUAUACAGAUUUGAGGGAAAGGGUUUGCUCUGCAAGAGUCUUGGGACGCCGCCAGUGUGGAGAGUCUCUUCCGCCACUCAUCCUCCCCCGUCUCAAAGCAGCGGCAGCAGCAGCUAUCAGGGCAGCUCAUCUCCGGCCGAAGGGUUGUCCACCUCCGAUUCUGAAGACAAUUCGGUCCCCUGUUCCCCCGAAGUCAUGGCGGCAAACAAGGAAAAAGUCUGUGACUUCCUGUACAAUUCUCAGCCAUCUACGCCCUUCAUCAUCCGCAAGAACGUCGGGAUCCCUAAAAUGCCCGAACUCACCCAGAUCCUAAACGCUCUCGAAAAACAAGGCGAGGCCUGCAAGGUGAGCUCGAACCCGGUAAAAUGGACUCUCACCGACAAGAAACGUGAGAGGAUGCUGAUUAAAAAAAGGGCGGCCGAAAUCCACGCGAUGGAGGUGAAAUUGGAAGGAGUGUCGGAAGCCAAGGAGCCGGAGACACCUGCCGAGAGGGAACUCGAAAACGGCCAACAAGCCGCCUCGAUGCUUGAAGCUGUCCAUACGGAGCUCCCCGUGGGGCCAGUCCCAGGGGACGGGUUUAUCGCUGACCAAAAUGUGCCCCCCUUCGAGGCAUCUGAGGAACCUCCGAGGAAGCGGGCGAAGGGGGGAAGUGAGUUUGAUGACUUUGAGAACGGAAAGUGGGCCUCCGACGAUAUCCCCGAAGCUAUGAACGCCAUGAAUGCCAUGAAUCAAUCCGACGUUCUGGUAGGAAUUCCGGAGGCCGAGAUCCACAAUGAAUUCACACAGGCUUACGAACCCGUCAAAGAAUUCAACCGGCUAGAGAAGCUGCUGGCGUGCCGAGAGAAGAACCCCGUGAGUGGCCUCCUGGAGUUUACCCACUACUGCUCCCAGCAUUGUGACUUUGUCCUCCUCAACCAGAGCGGGCCCUCCCAUGACCCCCGGUUCAAAAUCCAGGCAGUGAUCGACGGGCGCAGUUUCCCGGUGGCGGAAGCCAGCAGCAAAAAGACGGCCAAAAAAGAUGCAGCGGCUCUGGCUCUCCGUAUACUCCUGCGCGAGGAGCAGGGCGGGACGGAAGAGGAGGUCAUGGCAGAGGGCGCACAACUUCCAGACGUUAAAGAAGAGGUGGGUGCUUCACGUGGGGGUGCCGGGGGCCUUCACACCAUUCAGACAUUUGUGCCAUUACAAACCCUGCCGCUGAAAGUUCCGGCACAGCCAUUUUUCCCCAGCACCAAAAAUCCCAUCAGCAUUCUCAUGGAGCACGGGCAGAAGUCUGGCAGUAUGUGCGAGUUCCAGCUCGUGUCUCAAGAAGGACCUCCCCAUGACCCGAAGUUCACUUAUACUGUAAGGAUUGGAAACCAGACCUUCCCUCCUGUAGUGGCUAACAGCAAGAAGAUGGCCAAACAGCUAGCCGCCGAGGCUGCUGUGAGGGAGCUCCUGGGAGACAGCGUGCUGCUGCCUGACAAGUUGGAGCCCAGUUUCCAUCCCAACCCAACAGAGUUCCCUGCAGUCCCCGAACUCUCUGUGGAAGAUCUGAAAAUGGCCCAGGCGUCCAGCGUCGGGGACUUGAUCAAAUAUCUCAAUGCCAACCCGGUCAGUGGCCUUCUGGAGUACGCUCGUGCCAAGGGGUUUGCCGCUGAGUUUAAAAUGGUCAACCAAACUGGACCCCCCCAUGACCCCAAGUUUGUGUUUCAAGCAAAGGUCGGCGGUCGCUGGUUCCCAGCUGUCAGCGCCUCUAACAAGAAACAGGCCAAGGCAGAAGCUGCCGACGCGGCACUGAGGGUCCUAAUCGGCGAAGCGGAAAGGGCGGCUCGGGAAGGGGACGUCAUGACGGAGCUCCCGGUGAGCGGAAGUACUUUCCACGACCAGAUUGCCAUGCUUAGUCACCAGAAGUUCAACAGCCUUACAGCCCGAAUCCAGAACAGUCUGCUGGGCAGAAAGAUCCUAGCUGCUAUUAUCAUGAAGAAGAGCAGUGAUGACUUGGGCACCGUGGUCAGCAUCGGCACUGGGAACCGCUGUGUGAAGGGAGAAGAACUGAGCCUGAGAGGAGAGACGGUUAAUGAUUGCCACGCAGAGAUUGUGUCUCGUCGGGGAUUUAUAAGGUUUCUGUACAGCCAGCUGAUGAAGUACAACCCGGACAUGCCAGAUGACAGUAUAUUUGAAGAAGCCGAGGGGGAUUUAUUAAGGGUCCGGCCCGGUGUGACCUUUCACCUGUAUAUAAGUACUGCUCCCUGUGGCGAUGGGGCGCUGUUUGACAAGUCCUGUAGUGACCAGCCUUCUGCAGACGGAGACACCAAGCACUGUCCCAUUUUUGAGAAUGUGAAGCAGGGCAAGCUGCGAACUAAAGUGGAAAAUGGAGAGGGCACUAUUCCCGUUGAGUCCAGCGAUAUUGUUCCUACCUGGGAUGGGAUUCAGCACGGGGAGAGGCUCCGCACCAUGUCUUGCAGUGAUAAGAUCCUGCGCUGGAAUGUACUGGGCCUGCAGGGAGGGCUCCUUACACAUUUUAUGGAGCCCGUGUACCUCAGCUCUCUAACACUCGGUUAUCUGUUCAGUCAGGGGCACCUCACGCGUGCUAUCUGCUGCCGUAUGUCCCGGGACGGAGACGCCUUCCAGAACCAACUACCGGACCUUUUUGUCGUCAACCACCCAGAGGUGGGACGGGUCAGCGUGUACGACUCCACGCGGCAGACGGGGAAGACUAAAGAGUCCAGCGUGAACUGGUGUCUGGCAGACGAGGAAGUUGAAGUGCUGGAUGGAACCAAGGGCAAGGUUGAGGGAGUGAAACUGGAGAUCUCCCGCGUGUCCAAACUGCACAUGUUCACCCUGUUCCAACAACUCUCCGUCCUACGCGGGCGCCACGACCUGCUGGCGCUCGGCAGCUACAGCGACGUCAAGGCGACGGCCGCCACUUACCAAACCGCCAAGGGACAGUUGUUCAGGGCGCUGCAGGAGAUGGGUUACGGUAACUGGAUCAGCAAACCGCAGGAGGAGAAAUGCUUCUCCCUCUCCAUUUAACGUCGGCCGGCGCUUCCGGGUUUUCUUUUUGGUUUUUUUUUAAUUCUGUAAAAGGAAUGUUACCAGAUCUGCACUGAGCGUGUUUGUGAUUGGUUGUGUCCGACAUUAGCGCCCCCCCGGCUCCGUCUCUCCCGCGCCCCCUACGUUGUUUCUAACGACCGCCGGACAUGUCAAACAAACCAGCAAACCCGCGCUUUUUAUUUGACCUUUAUUUUUAAGCCGGAAUUGAACUUUUUUGUUCUUUUUCCCGUUUUCUCACGCGGUGAGAUCUCGCCAUGGAAUGUAGAGUCAUUGAAGUAUAUUUUCAUGAUUAAUGUAUAGCGAAGGAUCGGUUUCAGCGUACUUUUUUUUUUUUCGUUUUCUCCUUUGCGUCGGUUGCUAUCGCUAGAGUUCCGGCCCAGGGAUCUGCUCCACCUUCCACCGAUAAAAAGACGGAUUUCAACUGUUUUUUCAACCUUGAUUUUCAGUUGAACACACAAACCGCCACCGCCGCGUUGGGAGGGGCAGAUAUCAACACUGGACCCCAUGAAUUACAGCAUUACCGUAAAUGAAAUUGCAAUUGGAAAUUUCACCAACGCGUUUUUGUCCGAGAAAUUUCCCGAGUUGCCACAGGCGACGACACUCACCCUGGUGUAUUUAUUUAUUGGAUAGGUCGGGGCAGAUCCCGGCCGUACCAAUUAACUUGAGCUCUUUUACCCCUACAGCCUCCCUCACUUAUCAUUUUUUUUUUUUUUGGAUGCUUUUGAAAGUUUUAAUUCUUUUCUUUUUUUUUUUAAGCCCCUCCCACCGCGUCAGGUUUGCCUUCUGCAGUUGUGUGAUUUUUAGUAAAGCCAUGGUGUUGCCGGUGCAUGUCUGAUUGCUACAAGUACCUGUAAAUGCAACAUUUUGUUUAGAGAAACAGCGCCCCCUGACUUUAGCCGAUUAGACAUUUUGUUUUUAUUUUUUUCCUUUUUUUUUUUUUUAUUUUUUUUGUCAGGAUUUUUAACAUUCCACAAUAAAUUCUCUGGAAACUCA